CCAUGCUUCAGGCUGGGAUUAAAUAUGAAGCUGACAGACCCAAGUGGACCCUUGCUAGUGUAUACGGCUUUCUCAUGCGGCUGUCACGAAUGGAAAAUACAGUGAUCGAUUUAUGACUGCUGCAGUCCACAAUCAGCAUCCGAUGACAUCAGUAUGGCGUCGAUUGGACAGAUCAUCUUUUGGAGCAUGAUUGUCCUCAUAUUUGUAAUGGCUGGACUUAUAAUUCUCCUUUUGGCUAUUGCAUUUUCAGUAUCCCAGGGCUCUGUGGUGACUAAUAAACCGUUUCCUGUGGGCAACCUGGGACAGGAUGUGAUCCUGGACUGCAAAUUCCAAACCAAAACUAGCCAAGUUUCUUCUGAUGUGUCGAUCACCUGGCAAAAGGACGGUCUCACUGGGGUCGUUUAUCAAUACCAGAACAACGCAGAUCAUUUACAGGACCAGAACGCACAGUUCAAAAACAAAGUUAAACUUUUCCCAGAUGCUAUCCACACAGGCAACGCUUCCCUUCUCUUGAGGACAGUAAGGAUGGAGGAUGAGGGAGUGUAUCGCUGCAGUGUGACUGCUUCUGGAGUCACCGGGACAGUCAGCAUUCAUCUCAGAGUGGGUGCUUUCUCAGCUCCUAAUAUAACCAGGUCAAACAACAGCCUGAAGGCCUACGCUCAGAGAUGGCUGCCCAAACCUGAUGUAACCUGGUUUGACCAGAAUGGAACGCAGUUAAAAAGUAGCACCGAGUUUUACAGUAUACCGAUGGGGAUUGUGCAAGUAAUGAGCGACCUCCAAGUCCAAGUGACUGAAGGGACUUACACCUGUAUCAUCCAGAAUGCACUUGUCACAGCUGUCUCUGAAGCAACAGUUAGAGAUAAUGAAGUUUUGACAAGGACUGACUUCAUAUUUAAUUCAUCGCCCAACAUCGUCACAUCACAUGUGAUUGGCACAGCCUUCAUCAUUUUCUGUAUGUUGGUGUACUGAAGGUACAUCCGGUGGAUAUGGCAUCGGCUGUUAGCAGAGACAUGAUUCACACUGUGUUGUAAAAAAAAGCACACAUAAGGUUUUGGUAAAUAUCUCCUGAUACUUAACUUUAACUUGUGGCAUUUCUGUCUUGGUCUCAGUAUACCAAAGCAUGAAUGACAACAAAACAGCUGCAAAAUGUCACCUGCAACUUUAUCUGUAAAUAACAUUUAAGCUUACCUUAAAUAAACGUCAGUAAUGGCUA